CUUUGCCCGUGAAACCAACUUUUUUGCAUUUCGAUCGGGUUCACCCUCACCGGCUCCGGUCCCUCAGCACGAACCCCUGUCGAACGAUCGAUCCUUUAAUACCAAUGCAAUAUACCAUCCGACCAAAUUAAAAGUUGCAGCGGCAGUGUUGAGGCCACCGAUCCACCUCUCUCCUAGCACUAGCAGCAGCAGCAGCAGCAAUGGCGGUGGAGAUCCUCGAGUCCUGCAUGGUGAAACCCAGCGACGACGCGGGGACGACGACGACACCCAUGCACGUGGUCUGGCUCUCCAACCUCGACCUGCUCGUGGCCAGGAGCCACACGCCCACCAUCUACGUGUACCGGCGGCCCGCCAGCCCUGACGUCCCGGGCUUCUUCUCGCCGGACGUCCUCAAGGCCGCCCUGUCCAAGGCGCUCGUCCCCUUCUACCCCCUCGCCGGCCGGCUCGCGCAGGACGGCGCUGGUCGCCCGGAGAUCCACUGUACCGGCGACGGCGCGCUCUUCGUCACCGCGCGCGCCGACGUUACCCUCCAGGACCUCGCCACCGCCGGCGGGCUCGCCCCGUCGGAUGAGCUGCGGCAGAUGCUUGUCCCCUCCGCAGCCGACGACGGCGAAGACCGCGCCGGCAUCUUGGCCAUGUUCCAGGUGACGUCCUUCAAGUGCGGCGGGGUGUGCGUGGGCGCGGCGAUCCACCACACGGCGGCGGACGGCCUCGCGGCGCUCGACUUCGUCAACACGUGGGCCGCCAUCGCCAGCAAGGGCGUCGACGAGGCCGCGCCGCGCCCGUGGCUGGACCGCACGCUCCUCCGCGCGCGCUCCCCUCCCGACGUGCGCUUCGACCACAGCGAGUACUCCCGGCGCGGCGGCGGCGAUCCAAAGGCGGCGAGGGUCCCGUUCGACUCCGCCAUCCUGCCCAUGUCUAAGGCCCAGCUGGACGCGCUCAAGGGCGGCGGCGGCGAAGGCAGCAAGAAGGUGUCCACGUUCAAGGCCGUGGUCGCCCACGUGUGGCGGUGCGCGUGCACGGCGCGCGGGCUGGCGCAAGACGAGGACACGCGUCUGUACAUGACCGCCGACGCGCGGUCCCGCGUCCGGCCGCCGCUCCCGGAAGGCUACCUCGGCAACGCCAUCUUCCGCGCGUCGACGGUGGCCAAGGCGGGGGACGUCGUCUCGGAGCCGCUCGACGCCGUCGCGGGCAGGGUGUCCGGCGCCACCGCGCGGCUGGACGACGAGUACGUGCGGUCGCUGGUGGACUGCCUGGAGCAGGUGGUGAGCGACGCGGCGGGGCUGCGCAAGGGGGAGUGGGUCAUGCCGGAGACCGACCUGUGGGUGAUAAGCUGGCAGGGGCUGCCCAUCUACGACGCCGACUUCGGCUGGGGCCGCCCGGCGUUCAUGGGCCGGGCGUGCCUCCAGUUCAGCGGCCUCGUGUACCUCGUCCCCGGCCCCGACGGCGACGGCCGCCUCGACGUCGUCGUGGCCAUGGAGCCCAAGAGCCUGGCCAGGUUCAAGGAGCUGUUCUAUGAGCUCGAGGGUGCAGCUGUUCCGUGCAUGGCCAACUGAGCUGCUGUAUUCCGUGCUGGCCAGGUUCAAGGAGCUGUUCUACCGGCCGGCAAAACGAUUUUUUUUUAUCCUUACAUUGCGUAUCUACUUCGACAUCUACGGUAGUACUCAGACGACAUCCUUCCUUCGUUUUCUGUGCUAGUACUGCAGCAUUUGGCAAAAGUAGGAGACUGUUCCUGGUCAUGAAAAAGUGGGUGUGGGUGGGGGAUGGUUGCAACUUUAUUCGUUUUUUCAUUAUACUUCUCUGGCCCUGUUCGGAAGAUGUAAUUCUUGUUUUUUUUCUAAAAUCAAUUGAUUUAAAGUUUGAUUGAAA